UUUUUUUUUUUUUUUUUGAAGGCACGCAAGCAUGUUGGCUUACGGGUUUGCAGCGACAAAGCUAGAGCUCUUCCGAAGGCUGCCUUGAUCCCCAUUGUGGGUUAUGCUCCGUCCUUGAGGCUUGCGGUCGCUACAACGUGACCUCGCUCGUCUCUCCGCUCGUUCAGCGUGGUGCAAAGCCGGCCGUGGUCGUGGCUUGCUUCAGUAUUCGACCCUGUGUUUUAUUUGUGUGGUUGGAAUUUCUCUCUCGGCGUCGCUUUUGCCUCUUGACGCAACGACCUUGGCGGACCUGCACUGCCCGUGGCAAAGUGCUUCCAGAUGUUCCCCCGUUCUCUCGUCGUCUUUGACGAGUUGGCGCCGCGCGCAGCCGGAUGGGCUCGUUUCCCUUUUCCCCGUAAAAAGGGGCCUUUCCUUCGCCGGGGAUUUUCUGUUUGUUGAAAGCUUCAAGGACGUCGUGGAAUUAGAGCGUGCGGGUAAAGUUACAUGAACGACGAAGAUGUUUCAUCCUGUUUUUGUCCUUCAUGUACUACUCCUAUAACACCUUCAGGGACGUCCUCGACGGAUUGACGCUCCCCAAUUAUCCCCGUCUCCCUUGCCCCCGUCUUUCCUCUUCCCUUCAUGUCGCGCCGCAGUCACUUGUUUGAGAAGUAUCUCAUCACAACACCCUGCGCAGGCAUGGACGAAUACAGGAGUAUGAAGGGCAACCUUUCAGGGAAAUUCGGGUUUAAGGUAAACUCCGCGGGCGAAGUUUUUGACUUAAAGAAAGUUCACUGCCUCAUCUGCAAAAAAGCUUUCGCAUAUAGCGGAAGUGUAAGCUCGCUUCAAUACCAUCUCAGAGCUAAGCACCCAAGCAUCUCGCUGCAACAAGAAUCAUCUGCAAAAAAGCAGACGACUAUCGACGUUUUCUCUUCGAGGCCGGUUUCUCUGAAAAAAGAAGAAACUAUUGCACAAGCCCUUACAUCUUGGCUUGUUUCUUCUAGCCGGCCUCUCAACAUUGUGGAAGAUCACGGACUAGCGAAAGUUCUUCAGAUUGCCUUGGAUUCUCCGUCUUACCAGCCGCCGUCCCGUCGUGCAGUGAGUGCCAAGGUGGAUGCCCUGUAUACCUCGAGACGGGAGCGUCUUCAAGACGAACUCUCGGCAGCCAGCUUCAUCAGCUUAACAGCGGACUUCUGGACCUCCAUCGCCAAUGACGCCUACCUCGGGAUAACGGCGCAUUGGAUCGACGACGACUGGGUGCUUCGAUCGGCAACAUUGCAGGUGAGAAACGUACCUGAGCGCCAUACAGCGGAACAAUGUGCCAGUGAGGUAUUGGAGACUGCUACAGAUUGGGGAAUCGUUGAAAAGGUAAAAGCUGUCUGUACCGAUAACGCCCGCAACAUCUGUCUUGGGGUGGAGAGAGCAAACUUUCAGAGUCUGAAGUGCGCAGCUCACACGCUUCAGCUGUGCGUCCACAAGGCGCUCAGCGUGACGGGUGUGGAGCGACUGCUAGCCGCCUGUCGUCGUACUGUGGGUCACUUUAAGCACAGUUCGAACAACCAGGCCGUCCUUUCAAAACAUGCCGCUGAACUCGGAGCACCUAAGAAGAAGCUUCAGCAGGACAUCGCAACACGGUGGAACAGCACGUACAUAAUGAUAACCAGCCUGCUUGAACUGAAGGAGCCUUUGCGCCGCUCCAUGGAGGACAGCAGUACCAUUAAAUCGUCGAUUCCCCACCUCACAGACGUCGAUUGGGACAUGUUGGAGCAGCUUCGGGAAGUUUUGAAGCCCCUGCUCGACAUUACUGAGCUCCUUGGAGGGGACAAGUACGUUACUCGGUCUGUACUUAUUCCAGCCUUAAAACUGCUAAAGAAUAAAAUGAAGACGAAUGACUGUGACCCUGCCUUCAUCUGCCGCUUCAAGGCCAUGCUGGUGGACUCUAUCGAUGAGAGGCUUCGCGCGUGGCCGCAAUACAACGACUAUGAACUGGCAACGUGUCUCGAUCCUCGUUUCAAGAGCCUCGCAUGCAUCGAAAAAGAUCGCCGCGAACUUGUGUGGGAAAGGCUUUCCCAGCUAACACAUGCGUCUUCGGACGAUUCUACUGAUCUAACGCCCAAGAAAAAAAGAAAAUACGUUUUCUCGGAGGAAAAUGAAGAACCCACCAUCUCCUGCCAAGUGUCGCUUUAUCGAUCGAUGGCCGAGGUGACGGACGAUGAACUGGACCCACUACAGUGGUGGCGAGCUCAGGGCUCCCUGUUUCCUCAAAUUGUGCCAAUUGUGAAAAGUGUGAUGUGUGUCCCAGUCACCUCAACGCCCUGCGAGCGUCUGUUCAGCGCAGCAGGGAUGAUCGUCAACAAACAAAGAAACUCGCUCCUGCCGGAAAAUGUCAACAAACUUCUUUGCCUCCGCAGCUGGGGUUGUGAUCUGUGAGUGCGUUACAUCAACGUUUAUUCUCAAUUAAGUUUGUAUAUAUGCGCCGUUUAUCAUACAAUAAAACAAAUUGUAAGGACAAAAUGUCUACUUUUGCUUUUUACUAAAG